UGUCAGAUUCGAUGCUCCUUCCGCUCGCAGGAAAGGAAUAACGUUGUCGUCUUUUUCUUCUUUAUUCAACCAUGACAGCGGGAGAGAGCACAAUGGCGACCUCAACCUCUUGCGGAGAAGCAGCUGAGCUCCUCUCCCCUCACAACGUCAGGGGCCUUCUCGACUCCGUAGAUGCUUUCCUCUUUGACUGCGAUGGUGUGAUCUGGAAAGGAGACACUCUCAUCGAUGGCGUUUCUCAGACGCUCGACUUGCUUCGUUCAAAGGGGAAGAAGCUGGUUUUCGUUACGAAUAAUUCGACCAAGUCGAGAAGGCAGUAUUCCAAGAAGUUCCAUUCUUUAGGAAUUUUGGUUAGUGAGGAUGAGAUUUUCUCCUCGUCCUUCGCUGCAGCUAUGUACCUGAAAGUUAGUAACUUCCCGCAGGAUAAGAAGGUUUACGUGAUAGGAGGGGAAGGCAUACUGGAAGAGCUACAACUUGCCGGAUAUACCGGUCUUGGUGGCCCUGAAGAUGGCAAAAAGUUGGUGGACCUGCAAGCAAAUUCCCUGUUUGAGCAUGAUAAAACUGUUGGAGCAGUUGUGGUUGGGCUAGACCCAUACAUCAACUACUACAAGCUUCAGUAUGGAACUCUAUGCAUUCGCGAGAAUCCCCAGUGUCUUUUCAUUGCCACAAACCGUGAUGCAGUUGGACAUAUGACCUCUUCACAGGAAUGGCCAGGCGCAGGGUGUAUGGUUGCUGCUGUCUGUGGUUCAACCGAAAAGCAGCCUAUUGUUGUUGGGAAGCCUUCAACCUUUAUGAUGGAUUUUUUGCUACAAAAGUUUAAUAUAAGUGUCUCUAAGAUGUGCAUGGUGGGUGACAGACUGGACACUGAUAUCUUAUUCGGGAAGAAUGCUGGCUGUAAAACUCUCCUUGUGCUUUCAGGUUGUACGAGUUUAUCGACUCUGCAGGACUCAUCAAAUAAAAUUCAGCCAGAUUAUUAUGCAGAGAAGGUGUCUGACUUACUUCAAUUGUCGGGACUAUAAGCCCGUCAUCAUAGUAAUUCUCCUAUAAACUAAUCUUUCUAGCGAGCAUACUCAGUCCUCUUAUAAUUGUCAAUUACCCAUUCUUGGUCGAGCAUGCUACCUUAGCACGCCUUCGCGCUUGAAUAGGUUACAUGCCAUCUUUACUAUUGUUCUACUAAUAACAAAGAUUUGAUCUUUACCUUCUCCUUUUGAAAAGACUUGGAGUUACGGAAAGGAGUAUCAAUUGACUCUUUAUAAGAACCUAACUUGAAAAAA